UCUUUUUGAUUGAAGUAACGACAGCGAAAACAGUAGUCAGCCUAUAUGACUUUUUACACUGUGCCAAUCACGCCAAGUGAGAAACUUGCGUCCAAUGAAUUACAUGAAUCAUCAGAUUACAUGCUGUGACACGAUUUGAUGCUGAAAAACGAUUUCUGCAACUGACACAACAAAAUAUCCGCAUGCAAACCAGAUUGAGACGACUAGGUUUAUUUUAAAUCAGGCCAACUCGGCUAAAAGAAGCCAGAAAACUCAGCCAAAGACAAUUCAGAAAAGUUUAAAACAGCUGAUUUCAUUUGAAGGCUUUUCAAAAAAGUUCGAUUAACACCGAAUUGAGACGACACCCAACAGCCUUAAGGUGAUUCACUGAUGGAAUACAGACUAUUGAUGCUCUUUGCAGCUGCUGUCUUCUUCAUAGCUCGAGUUGCGUCGCUGCCUCGCAACGUGCAUCGCUAUACCCACAUCGCAAAAGUCGGCGACGAUGCGACGCUGGAGUGUGAUGUUGCCGGCAUCUUGGGAGACUACGGAAAUUCAGUCGGAGGGAGAACCGGGAUGUCAGCUGGGGGAUUUGGACCUGACUACAAUUUAGUGUGGUGGACAAGCGGAAAUGACCCUAAGACGUCCGUCAACAUUACUAUGAGAAGCGGAAAGAAUGAAAAGUGGGUUCUACAUUCGCACUACUCUCUCCAGUCGGGCAGCAGCAGUCUCGUGAUUCACGAUUUGAGCCACUCUGACUCGGGUUUUUACGCUUGCCACGCCCUACCUUCUGGUGACAGUGGCGUUGUUGUUCACUCGCCAAACAAGAUACUUCUAGUGCAAGAAAGUGUGCCUCUGACCCCUGUGGGAGUGCGUGUUAGAGGGGUGGAGAGCAGGUCACUCACGGUGGAGUGGGGCAACCAGGAACCCACCAAUGGAGUGCACAGCAUGCCACUACACUUCAUCAUACAAUACAGAUCUGUUCACUGGGGGUGGCGAAACUCAACAGUUGAAUCUCAAGAACAAGAUAUUAACAAUAACAACUUAGACAACUCCCAGACCGACACUAGUCGGGGGGACUCUCAACGAACUCAGAGUGCGGUGUUGGUGAGAUUGGAGCCGUUUACCCGAUACCAAGUGAGAGUUGUCGCUAGAAAUGCGGUUGGUGAGUCAGCACCCUCGGAAGCAACAGAUUACGUCACAACUGCAUGUGAAGCCCCCUCUGGCCAGCCUUCUAUUCUGACGUGUGAGAGUGAGAGAAGUGAUGGGGUGAAUGUGACAUGGCUGCUGCCCCCCAAACACACACGGAACUGCCGAGUGGAGAACUUCAAGAUAGAGUACAACCAGAAAGGUGUGUUCGAGACCCAUUCGAAGCUUCUAAUGCUGACCAUGUAUCGAAAUGAUCCUCUUGAACAGCAGAGAACUGAGCUUCUAGGCUUGCGUCCCGAUACUCUCUAUGCUAUCCGGGUGGCACUCACCGGCAGCAAGGGUCAGGGUCCCUUCUCCACUAAAUUCUACUCCAGCACCCAAGAAGGAGUGCCGGGAGUUGUGGGGCGGGUGAUGGUGGGCGACGUCACCUCCUCCUCCCUCACAGUGUCCUGGAACACACCCCUCCACCCCAGAGGGACUAUUCUGGGCUACAAAUUGAGACUGGCCACUGCUCAGAAUGUGUCAUCUCCUAUUGUGGUGCCAGCCCAACAGUACCUACACGUGUUCAGGAGAUUAGACCCAAUCACCGAUUACACGGUGUCAGUGCGGGCGUUCACGAGUGCGGGCGACGGCGCCUGGUCGGCGCCUGUGUCCCGCAGCACAGAUGUGGCCUCCCCCUCCCCUCCCCGCAACGUGACAGUGUCUCUCUCCUCUCACUCUCUCAAAGCACUCACUGUCAACUGGGUCAGACCGCAACAGACUUACGGACACAUUGAGCGCUACGAGGUGUCGUUCCGGGAGUCGUCCCCACAGCACAGAGACCACUCGGCCCGACUCACAGUCGUCAACUCCUCCGCAUCCCUCUGUCACAUAUCUCCAGUCUACUCUGGACUGCAGUACGAAGUGUGGGUGACGGCAGUGGUCCAUAGUGUAGUUGAGAGGGGCAAAAUAUACCAGGCACAGAGCAACCACACUCUCUUCACUGUGCCUCUACACGCAGGCCUUCCCCCUAGUCAGAUGGAACGUGCGGUCAACCCCACAGCAGAGACAUUCCUCUCCUACGCCCCUGUGCUCGCAGCCUCCCUCGGGGCAUUCCUAGCUGUGGUACUCGCUGUCAUUGGGUUCCUUCUUGGCAGACGUCGCUUCCGUGAACGGAACUGUGCAAUUCAAAUCGGUCUCCGAGACCUCGAACAUUUCCGAGCCGGCGGAGCAAUCGGCGCCCCCAGAACCCUGAUCGCCCCUGAUCCCAAACAUGCCUCGCUUCCAAACAGAUGGUGGCUCACGAGUAGUGGACUUAAUGGACAUCAUGGUCCCGGAAGAACACCUUCUCCGUGUCGACACCCUUGCAACCACCCCCUGAGUCCAACCAUGACUCAUCGCAGGGUGGGGGGAAAGGGAGAGACGAUGGGAAAGCCGCAGUGCGCACCAUCGCGUAUGAUAUGCCAUCAGGAAUCGCAGAUAUUUAAGGCCGAGUUGCUCAACAAAGCAGUACCUGCGUCUCAAAUCAGUUCCAAUAUGUCUUCAUCCAGACAACAACUCGCAGUCAUACAAGAGUUCCGCUACAUUCAAAAACAUUCUGGCAAAUCAGUUUUGUCCAGGACCCCGGCCGAACCCGACAUGAACCCAACUAUAGUCGCGUGUCGGGAGAAACUAAUUGGUCGUGGCAAUAAACGAGGGACUCUUGAAUCUUUUCUUCCAAAGAGUUCGUCGGCGGCUGAUAAGAACAAAAAUUUGGGUUUGAAACAGAAUGCGAACCCUUAUGCAGACAAGGAUGGAACAUCUCGAAGCCCAUACAAGUCACUCAGAGGAGGAUCUCCCCAUCGCCCUCUCGAAGACUUCAGUCCCAAUAGAAACCUCACCCCUUCUUCCCCAGAUGGGGGGUUAAAUUGGGGCUAUGUUGAUGGGUUCCACCGCAAGAGGGCAUACAUAGCCAGCAGUGCCCCUUUUUGUGAAACGGAGGUGGUGAAGUUUUGGGGCGUGGUCUGGGAUGAACAAGUACGAGUUAUCGUGAUGUUGACGAAACUACAAGAGAACAACAAUAUACUGUGUGAGAAAUACUGGCCCGAGCUGACCUCAACUUACGGAGAUAUCGGAGUCGAAAGAAUAUCGGAAGACGUGCGGGCAUUUUUAACUGUGCGCAGGUUCAAACUCACUCUAAACCAGAAAAACAACAACAAUAACAACAAAAUCAGCAAUAGUCAAAUCGGUCCCUGUGUUUCUCCCUACAGAAAAGCAUCAACAGGCAGAACAAUUUGUCAACAGUCUCUCCACUUUGUGGAACAAGGAGGGAUGUGUCAGCCGCAGGAACGUCACGUGACUCAGUACCACUUCACAGACUGGCCAUUCACUGCAGCCGGUGGAGCAGAUGACUCAUCCUCCUCUUGUCCCUCUCCCCCUCCCCCUCCCCCUCCCCCUCCCCACCCCUCGGCUCUGCUCUCUCUGAUCAGCAGAGUGCAAGCAGACCCCGCUGCACUACUCGGGCCAGUAUUAGUGCACUGCAGCGAUGGAUUGGGUAGCACUGGGUGUUUCGUGGCCAUAGACUCGAUGGUUCGAAUGAUCAAAGAGACAGGCUAUGUGAAUGUGGGCUCAUUCCUACUCCAUGCCAGGGGUCAGAAGGGGACGAUGGCCCAGCAACGCCAGCUGGUACAGAAUGAGCAUCAAUACCUGCUGAUCUACAAAGUGUUGAUGGAGUUUGUCAGAAGUGGAUCCUCGUCGACUACACACUCCCUAACAGAACUAUGCCAGAUGCAGCUAAAACUACUCAAACAACAACAACUACAAGCCAUUUCAAACACGCCCACAACUGAAACAACCGAUCAGGCAACGCCUCUUGAUCAUGUCUCCAACCUACAGUUAGGAGUUAAUAAAAACGACACAAAAACUAAUCACGUGACUCCGAGUUCUGGGCAGAAGUUGAAGGCGGUCAUGACUAAGAUCAACAAGGAGUUCCAAUGUCUUUCUGCGCUGGCGUCUGAAGAAGAGAUUAGAUGGAGAAAUGAACAACUGCACACUGCCCUAUCGGAAGAAAACAAAUCACACAACAGGUCAUCCGAGUGCAUUCCAUAUGAAAGAAGCAGGGUUAAGCUGAACUGGACCAGUCCAAAUUCUGACCUCCUUCCACCAUCAGAAGAAAGCCCCUCUCAAUACAUCAACGCAUCUUUUGUACCAGGUUUCAACAAUGAGCGCGAGUUCAUCAUAACCCAGUACCCAACUGCACGUACAGCCUCAUUGUUCUGGAGUAUGGUCUACCAGCAUAGAGUGAGGGCCAUAGUUCUCCUAGGAGACAUACAAGGGGGACAUACACAGCAGCCACACGAGGAACACAAGGAUUCGGAGGACUUCGUCUUUUGGCCGCCGAGUGAACGAGAAGACAUUAGGUCAUCAUCACAACACGACUCAUCGAGUGGAAACGAAACCGACAGAGAACAAAGCCGAAAUGUCAGAUUCACGACGCAUGCCAAGAAACGUGGUCUCGUUGUUGAAAGAAAAACAGAAAUUUGUUCUCACGAACCGAAUCGACAGUCGUGUAAUUCUUGUGCUGUCGUGAGUAAUCCGAAUAGAACCAUGGAACGUGGCGAUGAUACGUGUCUUAGAGAAGAAGAAGUUACUUCUGAUAUGGAUUUCGUCGUAACUGAUUUGAAUGAUACAAAUCAAACUGUCGGCAGCGAGGGACGUCUUCUAUAUGAUCACUUAACCGAAGAGCAAUCACACAGUUUAAACGUCCGUCUAUUCGUGGAUAAACAUGUUCGACCCCCUCCCCCCAACAUUCAGGAGCGACAACCCGCAUCAUUGUCCCCCUCGGACCAGCACUGCCGAGAGGAAACUGACGAGGGCGACGAAGGGCGGGACGAGGAGGGGGAGGAAGGGGGAGUUGAGGUGACGCCGAGGAGGGAGAAAUCCCCCUUUGACGUGAUUGGUCGAGUACAGUCGUACCUCGCGGCCACGCGUCGCAAGUCAACCUCGAUUGGAGCUUCUCCCGGUGAUCAACUAGUUUCUCCCAUUGUUGUGAUGGACAGGUUUGGAGGUACAUCUGCGGCAACUGUGUGUUGUCUGUGGGCUGUCGGAGACCAGUUAGAGAAGGACUCUUACCUGGACUUGUUCCAUCAAGCCAGACUGAUCCAGACAGCCAGAACUGGACUAUUUUCUCAAAAGGAAGAUUACUUGUACUUAUUUCAAUGUGUGGCCGAAUACGCCCGACAACGCCGAGUGUUAUCCCCACAACAUCGUCUCUCUGCAAGCCCCAUGCAACUGACCUCGCUCGCUUUCUACACUCAAAACAACUACCCUCUUUUACCCCCUGCAGCCACCCAAAUUAGCCCCAGACGAUACACUACAAGCAUACCCCUGAGAAGGCCGACCAAGUUGAAUAGUUCACUGAACCGCUCGGCUGAAUACUUAGACAGACAUUCGUGCCGUAACGGAAGAGACGACGAUGAUUCGGCUGAACGAGAAACUCUUUUACUGCCUCGAAACUUGAUUGUUCAGCUGCCCCCCUCGCCUGCAGAUGCGGAGCCUCAAUCGCCCCAGACGAAACUGAGUCAUAAGCUAAAUAGGGCAAAUAGUGUUUCUUUCAGAUGCGAUUCUAAAUACCGGAAUGCGAUCUCAACUCAAUGCCAGGAAAGUGUUCUCUAUUUCUAAAGUCAAAACUUCUUGAUCAGUCUUUCUUCUGAAGUCGAAACUUUUGACACGCUAACAUUAUUUCCUGAGAUGUUUGAAAAUUGGCCGAGUCUGAGUCAAAACUGUACCUGAACUGAAAAACUGAGAUCUUCAAUUGAAAUACUGAACUUGAAAUUUCCUAAUAACCAAGAACCAAUUUUUCACUAAUCUCUGUAAUAAUCUGAGUCGAUUCUAAUUUCAUCAGACUUGCCAACAUGUUGUAAAAGUUUUUCUUCUAGCAAAAUAAGGAUAUUGUGCAGUUGAUGUUUCAGUCGUGAAAAUUUAAUACAAUAGCAAUCAUUGUUAACUAUUUGUACAUUUGAAAAAUUUUAAAAUAAUUUGA